ACAAACAACGAGGUCCCUAAAAUAGGAGUAUCAAAACUCAUCGGACAACGUGCCACACCGGCAUACUCCACUAGUGAAAUCAUCAAUACUGUCCCCAACUCUUAAUUUCCCUCUUUGUUUCAGACCACAUUCACAGAUUUCACUCCUAACACAACUUUUAAGUACUAUAUCAAACUAGCAAGAUCCCUCUUUCAUUCUACACUUAACACGUACUAAAUAAAAAUAAAAUAAAAAAGAUGGGGUGUUUAAGAGGUGGCAUACUGGUGGUUUUGAUGGUGGUGGGAGUGGUGGGGGGUCAGUCGGUGAGAAAUAAGCCACCGUGCAAAUUCCCAGCGAUGUAUAACUUCGGAGAUUCGAACUCGGAUACAGGGGGCAUUUCAGCGGCAUUUGAACCCAUUCGUUUGCCAUAUGGCCAGACUUUCUUUAAGAAGGCGGCGGGCCGUGAUUCCGACGGCCGUGUUCUCCUCGACUUCAUUGCUGAGCAAGUAGGAUUACCAUACUUGAGUGCAUACUUAAACUCGAUUGGAGCAAAUUUCAGACACGGUGCUAAUUUCGCUACUGGAGGAUCUACCAUCCGUAGGCAAAACGAGACAAUAUUUCAGAAUGGCAUUAGCCCUUUCUCACUUGAUGUCCAAAUCUGGCAUCAUGAUCAGUUCAAGUCAAGAACCAAGGAUCUUUACCAACAAGUUAAGAGUCCCUUUGAGAAAAGUUUGCUUCCAAGACCUGAGGACUUCUCAAAAGCUCUUUACACAUUCGACAUUGGCCAAAACGAUCUCUCUGUUGCUUUCCGAACAAUGAACAAUGAACAACUUCGUGCUACUAUCCCUAACAUCAUUUCCCAGUUUUCUUCAGCUGUGCAACAUUUGUAUGAACAAGGAGCAAGGUCAUUCUGGAUACAUAAUACCGGUCCAAUUGGGUGCUUGCCUGUAUCACAAUUCUACAUUGUAAACCCAAAGCCUGGAUUUCUGGAUGAAUUUGGUUGCAUAAAGGGGAAUAAUGAUAUGGCUAUCCAGUUCAAUAAGCAGCUAAAGGAUGCUGUUACAAAACUCAGGACACAACUUCCUGAGGCUGCUCUCACAUAUGUGGAUCUUUACUCUGCUAAGUAUGGAUUGAUUAGCAAAACAAAGAGCCAAGGAUGGGCAGACCCAAUGAAGGUAUGCUGUGGGUACCAUGAGAAGUAUGACCAUGUAUGGUGUGGCCAAAAGGGUGUGAUAUCGAAUGGGACGACAAUGUUUGGUGCAGUUUGUAAGGACCCUGAAUUACAUGUGAGUUGGGAUGGUGUGCACCAUACUGAAGGUGCUAAUCACUGGUUUGCUACUCAAAUAUUCAAUGGCUCACUUACCGAUCCUCCAACUCCCAUCACCCACGCUUGUUACAGGAAUUAAGGUUUCUUAUUCUGGUGAAGAACUAAGGUAUAUAAUCUUCCUUGAACCGAAAAUAAAAUUUCUUUUCUUGUGGAGGUUAAUGAGAACUUAUUAGAUGAAGAGCUUAUACUAGAUUUGAAAAACCUUAAAAGGCACAGGGUUUAGAGUGUUAGACUUCGUUCUGUAAUCUGUACUGCUGUUGGACUCGUCUGAAAUUGGUCUCUCAAAUGAUUUUGGUUAAAAUAUCA